CGCGCGGGGUCUUUGAGCAUGCUCGAGAUCGAUGUCGGCUGCCGCCGCUGUUGAUUUACAUUCGAAAGGAUCCGAUCCCGUGUGAGACCGGCUUGAGGGAUGUCGCUGGAGGAGCAGCAGGGGAGGGCGCCCCUGGUGCGCUCCCACUACUCCAUGGACUCGGGCCACGAGAGCAGCUACGGCUCCGUGAGGACUGUCGACUCGGAGGCCGCCCGUGAGGCCUGGGCCCGCCACCCGUACUACAGCAGCCAGGAGGAGGCCCGGAGGGCCGCCCAGCCGACCUCGUCCGCCCACAGGGUCGAAGCCAAGGGCUCGCGCUCGUCCAAGACGCACAAGAAGCAUCGCAAGAGCAGCAAGCAAGGCUCGACUGGCAGUAAGGGCGCAGCCAGGGCAGCGGCUGUGGGAGACGGCGCGUCCUCCAUCCCGGACAAGACCACACUGAAGCACCAGAUCGACCAGAACCGCGACGCCAUGAUGAUGAAGCAGAAGCAACUCCAGAAGAAGCAGCAGGAAUACGCCCGCUACCGCGCUCUCAGUGCCGCGGGACCACCAUCUUACGCGGCCAUGAUAGUCGUCUGCAUCUGGAUCACCCUGGUGGCUGGCUUCUCCAUCCUGGCGUUCGGCUGGCUGUUCAGCGUGUUCGUCCAGGCCACACCGUUCUUCUAUGUCUCCCUGGGCACGGGCUCGAGCCUCGUGCUCCUCGGGGCCUUCCUCACAAUCUUCCGUAGCAAGCCUGCCAGCUCCGCCUUCGGCUUUUAAGCACGUCGACGCCGAGAGAACGGACGAACGAGCCUGUGCGCUACCAUGGACCCGUUUCCCUGAUACCCCAGUCCCACUAUAAAGCAGCAAACAAUACAAUCAGCACCGACAGGUCUCAAGC